AUGAAACGAGGAUUAGAAACAGUAAAACGUGAACAUGGACGAAAAAAAUUAUCUGGCGGUAAAACAAUUGGUGUUCAUAAUAUACUUCGAUUACAAAUGGCAUUUCCCUUCACCAUUCGAAAAUCAAAGCAUGAUCUGGAUUUAUUAUUUAAAGGAUCUUGGGCAAUAUUUUGGCACAAAUACUCGACCAAUGAUGAUCCUCAUCAUGAUUAUUGCAGAGAUAUUUUCAAUGUCAUGUAUGGUUAUCGUGGUUAUUAUACUGAUCAAUCAAUGAUACAUUUUGACAACAAUCGACUGCAUACAGAAACAAAAGAAAACAACAGAAAAAGAAGAAAAGCAGCUGCUCGUGUUUUGAUUCAAAAUGAUGAUGAAGAAGAGAACAAUGAUACAAUAAUUAAUCGUGUUGAUCAAAUAGAUGAUGAUUAUAAUGAUACAAAUCCUGUGACCGAAGCAUCAUCUGAGGACAAUGAUACAACAACUGAUAGUGACGAACAUGUUACUGAUGAUAAUGAUACAAUAUCUAGUAAUGAUCAGUCAUUAGAUGAUGAUUAUGGUUAUUAUAAUCCCAAAGAUAAAAGAACAUGGAUAGAAGAACAAUAUGUAACUUUUUAUAAAGCUUUUUUGUUGUAA